AUGGUCAACAUGGUCGCCAGUAGAAAGGCUACAAAGAACAUGGACAAUGCAAUAUCGUCUGAACAGAUAUGGUCAACCAAGAAUUUGUCAACAAUUUUGAGCGAAGAUGAUAUGGAAAACAAGAAUGUGUUCACAGGCAUAGAUCAAUGUAUGUCAGGUAUAAAUAUAUCUAACAACUGUAUUUCUAAAUUGCAUAACCAGAAUACUGAAAUAACAGGUCUGUCAAAGAUCAAUCCAAUGCGUAUAAAGAAACUUCCAGUGCGAUCACGAUAUGCAUUAUUUUAUAAUGUCUGCAUACAAGAGCAUGUUACUGACGCUACUACCACUGGUUGCCAUUUACAUCACCGUGACCCCAGUAGAAUACAGGUAAAAUGGUUAAUUAGGAAGUUUGGAAAAAGUUGAUUGUUGAGAAAACGUCUCAGACAUAAGAUCAAAAGGUCUGUACCCAGAUCCUCUCAUCUUCAUUAUAUAGUAUAGUAUAUUAUGCAUUGCCAAGACAUUAGGAUGAAGUGUAUCCCUGAUGUUUACUGCCCAAAGAAGGUUCACAAGAAAUGCCGCACAAAUCAUUCAGCAAAAAAUUUAAAAUUUUAUAUUUGUGAAGGAAUUCUUGCAGAUAUAUUCUAUUUAUCAGGUUCAACUCAUGAUUUAUAUGCACAACAGGUAUACAAAAAUGUCAACCACUUAAAGAAUGUCUGUCAGUCAGCAUUAUGUACAGAUUUUGAGACGAAUCCUGGACCUGUAUUCUAUAUUGAUCCCAGUAAGACAAUCAGUGCACCAUAUAGCCAAGGUAAUCAGGUUAUAUUUGGACAAACAGCAGGACAGCAGUGUUUAGCAAUGUGUUUAUGUGCCCUUAUAUGCAACAAAAGACAGAACACGAUGCUCACCACAAGACCUGGUUAAUAUAAUGAAUAUCGGUAAUGAACUAUAUUCAAACUUAUCAUGUUUAGUACGGCAAUCGUUUUUAUUGUUUACAGAAUUGCCUUCACAACUUACAGUAUUUUACACAGAUUAUAUUUUUGAGUACAGUGAGAGCUAUAGUGGUAAUGUAAUUGGAGACUGUUCUAUUGAAGGGUAUCAGUUCUGUGUUCCAUUUCACAGAUCAUUUGAAUUGCUCCUGGCUGAAAACUAUUCUGCAUUCAUUUUAACAAUUGACUCCAAUGCUGUUUGCAUAUUUUCCACCAAUGAUGGCAAAUAUAAAAUUUUUUACUCUUAUUCAAGAGAUAUUUAUGGUAGAAGUCAUCCACAAGGUACAUGUGUGCUGUUAGAGGCACCAAAUAUCAACAAUGUAAUUCUGUAUUUCCAGUCUUUAUAUGGUCAAAACAGUCAAUUUGAGCUAAGAGGAAUAAAUAUUGAAGAAGUACAAGCCAAUGGUGACAAGAACUUAAACAACAUUAUUAGAAAUUCUGAUCUAUCAGGUAAUGCUUUGGAAGAAUCUGAAAGUACUGACGUUUCUUAUUUAUAUAAACAAUGCUGUGCAAUUUCAUACUCAAUUUGUUAUUCUGUCAUUAAACCUUGUAAUUACUGGGAUUCAAAUACAGUGGCCGCAGUUGUUUACUUUGGCACUACUUUGUAUAACAACACUGGGAUAAAUACAUCUCAUGAUAUACCACAAAGAGUGGAAAUAUGUGGAAAUGAAAUACAUGUAAAAUUGCAAACUAAUAUUCAAGGAGUAGUUGAUGACAAGGCAAAAAGCAAACUACACAUUGAAAGCCUUAUUUGUCAUACUAAUGAAAAUACAGGGUUUUUAAUUUGGUUUGGAGAUUAUUGUAUUUCUUGCAUCUUUCAAAAGACAUCCAUUAACAAUAUGUCGUACUCAAUAUUAGCAUAUGAUGAUGAUGAUAGCUCACCUACAUGUACUGCACAUUACAUUAAAAACAUAAAAGACAAGCACACUUUAGUUGAUACUAUCUUUAAACUAGUAACAACCAAAAUCAAGGAUGAAAUUGUCAAUUAUGAAAUUCAAUUUUUGUCUUGUUCUUCUGAAUUGAGUAACUGUGAAAGAAAAAGGAUUAUGAAAAACCACAGACAAAACUAUAUAAAUGACUUCAUUGAACCAGCUCUAAAGAAACAGAAGCUAGAAACAAAGCAGAUGAAGUACAAAACAAUGGCUCAGGAGAAAAAACAAAAAAUAUUGGAAAACAGAAAAACAAAAUAUGAAAAGUUAGAUGAAUCAAAGAAAGAAGAACAGCUUACCAAAAAUAUGAAUUAUAGAAAAACAAUGAAUAAAGGACCCAGACUGGAAACUUUGUACUGCGCAACCGAGAUCUCGGUUGCGUACUUUUUUGCAAAAUGCGCGUCCAGACGCGCAAAUUUCAAAAAUCUGUUGUCAAACGCGCAAUUUCAAAAUGAGGCGCAGGUGAAAUUGAAAAUGUGCAAUUUUUCAAGUGCGUGCGCACAUGAAAUUAAAAUUGUGCUAUUUUUCAAGCGCGCCCUGCAUGAGACAAAUUAG